AUGGAGCCGCCAACUAAAAAAUCGCGUCAAGAAAAUGGAGAAGAACAAGAAGAAGUAAGAUUUUUAUUGAAAAAUCACAAUACAAUCCAAAAACUUCCAGGAAACCUGUGGUUGGCCAAAUCUCCCAUUCGAAAUGCGAAUCUUGGUGCUCAACGAGAUGCCUUUGGACACUCUAGCAAAUUUCGAAGUUUGCUCUAAACUCUGUUACGAUGAAGUCGAAAAAUCAGAAAAUUAUUGCGAUCGAAUUGAAAUCGCUGAAAAUGGCGCGAAUUUCGAGAUUUUCCUCAAAAAAACGUGGAGUCGCAAGUUGAAAACCUUAAUUUUCGACCAAAAAGAAAUCGUUUGUUUGAAUGAGGAAAAAGUCGAGAUUUGGAGAAAACAAAAAACUGGCGAUUUGGUGGAUUGUGUUAUCAAAUACGUUAAUCGAUAUUUGGUGCAUUUUCGACGAAAUUUGAAGAGUUUUACGAUGAAUGUCACGGUAUGUAGGGUUUUAGAGAAAUUGAGAGACAUUUUCAAUCAAAAAAGCAUUUUUUUUUCUAGCGCAACACUUCCGCUAAAUCUAAACUCAUCAAAGGAAUUCGUAUCAAAAAUAUGCCAAAACUCGAAAAUCUUCAAGUUUACGCAAGUCGCAAGCAAAUUUGUUUGAUCAAAAAUGGGUUCGUCGAUUUUGAGCAGGUAGCUGGAAAAAAAAACGAAGCUGAAAAUAAAAUAACAAUUUUCAGCUGAAAACUAUCACUGGAACUCUUGUUUUGCCCUACACUAAAUUGAGUUUCGAACAAUUGUUGGAGUUAAAAGCGCGUGAAAUUGAGAUUUAUUUGAUGAGUUUGAAAUCGAUGGAUUUCAACAAAUUCAUUCGGCUUUGGGUUGAUGGAAAAAUCAAUCCAAAUUUUCGAAAAUUGGGAGUUGACGCGGAGUUCAAUGAGACAUUGGCAAAGAAUAAAAGAAUGUGUCAUGAGAGAAUGGGGCUUGAUUAUUAUGAUAUUGACCACUUGUGAGGAAUUUUUGGGGUGAAAAGGGAAAGAGAACUCGAAAAAAUUUUCCUUAAAAAUUGAAUUUUUUUAGUACAAUUUGUACUGUACAAAUAGAUUUUGAAAUUAAUUUUACAAAAAAAAUGAACUGUUUCAAAAUUUUUUUCAAAUUUUAGGCCUAAAAGCCUAUAGGCAAUCGUGAAUAUUCGAAAUUCACUGUUUCAAAUAAUUUCAAAAUAAAAAAUGUGAGAGAAUUGUUUUCCAGAUUCGAAGGAAUCAGCUUGACAAUUUUCGGAGCUUGCGAGCAAACCGAAGAUUAUUAUUUGGAAUAUGCGCUCGAAAAUAAUGGAAUGCGCACAACAAUUACUGUUGAUAUAAGAGGAUAG